CAGAGUUUGAUUUCAGUACGAGCCCUUCAGCUGUCAGAUACAGAGCGGACAGAGAAACUGCUGGCCAAGCUUUACUCCGCUCUCUUCGUUUCUGGGCAGGAGCUCAUUCCUUGGCAUGGAGAAAGCAAAGCAAGAUGCCUUUGACAGAGCCCGACUCCAGGUCAUCAAAGACGGUUAUGAAAGGGCAUUCGAGUGCAUUAACAAGGGUCUCUCAGAGGACGAGGCAGGAAACAAGGCACAGGCUUUGGAGCUUUACCGGCAGGGUCGCCAGCACCUCCUUAGGGCACUCAGCGUGCCGUCCCGGGGGGAGGAAUGUGUAGGCUCCUCUUGGGAUUCGGCCCGGCAGAUGCAGCAGAAGAUGCAGGAGACUCUAGACAACAUCACCACCAGAUUAGCAGUGCUGGAGACCAGCUCAAAUUCUGUUUCCAAUGGUUCUGUCCCUCAAAAUCUCUACCCUGCACUCCCUAAACAGAGGCCAGAUAGGCCGGCUCCACCCAAGGAGCUGUUCCCCAGCGCCCCACCCAUAGGAGCUGCAUCUGAGGUGCCUUCAGCAGCUCGAGGAGCAGCACCUGUUUCACCUUCACUGCCACACAACAUCUCCUGUGACCAACCACCAGCCUACUCCCCGAAAGCUGCUGAUGGACACCUCAGUAUUAGCUAUGGCACUGCUGCAGGUGAGCUUUCCCUGGUUGGGGAUGAAUUCUACAGUCAUACCCCCAACUCUGCUCCCUCUCCUCAGAGCCUCGGGGAAGAUGGAGAGGAGCUGUUUUUUCUACCCCAUGGUGUGCAGAUCUUCUUUGUCACCCCUGAUGGACAAGUGAGUGCCCCCUCUUAUCCGGGCUACCUGCGAAUAGUUAGGUUCACCAAUGAGUGCUCAGAAAGAGUGCCCAGAAGACCACCUGCCUUUCUUCAGGUGUGUGACUGGCUUUACCCCUUGAUGGCCACCGACUCGCCGGUCCUGCUGUGCAACACUGGAGUCUAUAUGUUCCCUGAUAUGAUGGCUCCCUCCCCAGGCUCCUAUGUGGGAGUGGUGCUGUCCUCAGAACUGCCCCGCUCGGAGCGGGAGCUCUUCCAGGACCUCCUGUCUCAAAUGACAGACCUGCGAGUCCAGGUGAGCUUCUCCAGUCCAGCCUCAGAGCCCCAGAGGUCGUCUGCUACUCCACCACAGGCAUCUGAUGGAGCAGCAGAUACCAUUAACCUGGGCCAGAAGGUGCCCAUGGGGCCUCCAGAAGAGGUGGUGCCCCCUACUGCUGAGGAGGAGGAGGAGGAGGAGAAAGUCCUUCCAGAGUGGAGCGAGAAAGUAGCUCAUGGAAUCCUUACAGGGGCUUCCUGGCUGAGCUGGGGAUUAGUGAAGGGAGCUGAGUACACAGGGAAGGCCAUCCAUAAAGGAGCAUCCAAACUGAGGGAACACAUCACGCCUGAGGACAAACCAACACAAGUCAGCCCCACCGUCACCAAAGGCCUCCAUGUAGCCAAGCAGGCCACUGGAGGAGCUGUGAAAGUCAGCCAAUUUCUAGUGGAUGGGCUUUGCACGGUUGCUAGCCAUGUGGGCAGAGAGUUGGCCCCACAUGUGAAGAAACAUGGGGGUAAACUUCUCCCAGAGUCCAUGAAAAAAGACAAGGAUGGACGGUCCAAUAUUGAUGGUGCCAUGGUAGUAGCUGCAAGUGGGGUUCAAGGAUUUGCGACUAUGUGGACAGGCUUGGAAGCUGCAGCUAAAAACAUUGCAAAGAGCGUUGCCACAGAGACAGUCAACACUGUGAAGCAUAAAUUUAGGGGUCUAGAGAACAUCUUAGAGCCCCCAAAUGAGAAGCAGUAUGGGGCAGAAGCAGGGCAGGCCACAGACCAUGCUGUCAACUCCGCUAUUAACGUGGGCGUCACUGCCUUCAACAUCGACAACCUGGGGAUCAAGGCAAUUGUGAAAAAGACAGGCAAAGAAACUGCCCACGCCAUUCUGAAAGACUACAAAGUGCAAGAGAGUCCAGAGACUGAGAAACAACAGGAGAAAAACAAGGACCAAAAAUAACUGACGCUGGAGCUCCUUCUAUUUCAGGUGUCUGUAAAGACAAAAAAAUGGAGGGUUUUGCUUUAACAAGGUACUGAAGAGGUUUUACAUACAAAGUAACCAUCAAGGCACUGAGAUAUUUGUGCUACUGACCUCUACACAUACAUCCCUAGCUUAUAUUUAGCCUCAAAGAUGUUCUUAUACAACUCUUACUGUAAGUAUUUACUAACAUGCUGCCUAUGAAGAAUAUUUUGAGUCUACUUUUGUUAGGGUAUAACUGUACGUGUGUGCUGCUGUGUGAGCUCACUGACCUAACGCCUUAUUUUACACCAGCUCUAAGCAUAUUCCCCACUGAAUGAACAGGUCUGCCCACUAAUACAUAGUGAAGUAAUUCAAUUCAGGUGUCUCUUAAAGAAGGUCACCUAAAAUUAUAUUUAUAAGCCAAAGUAUUAUUUUUAAAUGACAUAGAGCCUUAAUAUGAAUACUGUCUUUGUCACAACUUUCUACUGUGUAUCUAAAUGCUGUACUAGAGUGUCUAUUUAAAUGCUCUAUUUAUAAUGAAAUGUUUAUAUUUGCGGACUAGUUUGCUUGCAAAGCUUUUCAAAAAGUUGUCUUUUAUGGUUCUAAUAUAUUUUCAAGCACUUUAACCCUCACUAUGGGGAAAGAACAUUUCAGAGCUUGAUAUAUGAGUGCAAUGUUGCAUAUUAAAGACUAGCUUGAUUAGAAGAAGCCAGGCAAAGUCAAAUUUCACUAUUUGUCCAAAAAUCUGUAAACACCUAUGUGUUCAAUGUUGCUUCUGAAAUUUUUGAGAGUUUGUGCCCCUUUGCUGCGGUAACACCCUCUGAUCUACUGGGAAGGCACUAGAUGUCGGAACAUGGCCGUGAGAAUUUAAUUGCCUUCAACCACAAAAGCAUUAGCGAGGUCAAAUACUGAUGUUGGAUGAUCAUUUCUGGAUCACAAACAUCAUUCCAACUCAUUCUAAAGAUUUUCAAUGGAGCUCUAUCACUCUGGAGAACUGUUCUACUGCUCUACAGCCCAGUGCUGAGGGGCUUUAUACCCCACUAGUUCAGUGGUUCAGUGGUUCAGACCUAAUCUCUUUAAAUGUGGUCCACAUUUUUGCUCCUACCCGUCUAGCAAUACAUAGGGCUAAAGAAAAAAUGUGGACUGCCUGAGGGUUCCUGAGAUCCACUGCUUUAGCCAGUGAGCUUUGGUCAUGGUGGCUUUAGGCCAGGGAUACAGCCCUAGUCCUGGAGAUCUACCACCCUGGAGAGUUCAGAUCAAGCACACCUGGCCAUAAUGUACAGAUGCCACUGAAUGCCUUCAUUACAUGGAUCUGGUGUGAUAGAUUAGGAUUGAAGAUAAACUGUGCAGGGUGGUUGAUCUCCAGGACCAACCAGGAUUUGGCACCCCUGCUUUGGGCUUAUGUGCAGCUGCUCCAGAGGGUCCCACUUUAUUUGAAAUGCUUUUCUAUGGAGAUUAGACAAGCUGCGUGUCUGGAGUUGAACACCUGGGUCAGCAGUGAAGCACCUUAAAGUAGCUGAAUUCACUGAUUAGAAGGGCUGUCUUUUGAAGAUAUAGUGUACUUUGUCCUUUUGGAUGCUGGCAAAUGAGAGCAAAUAGAAAGGAGUAGGAUUUAAAUUUUCUGGAGAUAGCUUAAAGAUGAAGCUUUUGAAGUUAUGCUUAAUAAUUUUUUUUCUACUAAAACUGCUGCAUACACCAGUUAUGGAACAUCAUCCUUUGCUGACAUUACUGUGCAGUUACUUCACUGCAAGUCUGUAUUAAUGCCCUGUAAACUGAUAUGGAUAUAACUGUUUGAUAGCCAUGUGAUCUUGAAUUGAGUUGGAGCAGUUCAUAAAAGGUUUUUAGACAGGCAUUCAAACAUGUAUAGCUUUACUUGUCUUCAGUAAGUCUGCUGUUUUACACAAUCUUGUUAGAUUUAACCACAUUCAUAGCUAUUUCUACAGGCUCGGCCUGAUAUUGUGUCUAAACAGACAAAUCGUGGCGAGUUUUCAGAAGUGUUGCAUAAGAGAGUAGAGCAUUGUUUGUUUUUAAUCCUCUUUGUAACAUUUAAGAUGUUUGAAAUGUGUUUUCCCCCCACAGUUUUAUGUCUGUUAGGAAAGGAAAACUGGAGAAAAACAGGCUGCUGGCUGAAUGCAGCCUUACACUGUCAUGGAAACCCAUGUCUGUACCCAGGAGAUGUUUGUCAGAUCAAUUAUAAUGUCUCUCAGUGGUACUUACUUCAACAUGUUCUCACUGUCAGUGAUGUGAAAGAGUCAGGUUUAACCACUUAUAAUAUAUUAAAGGGUUUUAUCUAACAUGGUUACAUAUUGAUGUAAUUAUUUGAGAAAAUAAACCUUGAUUUUAAAGGCA